AGUUCGUCCAAUUAUAUCGUAUCAUAUAUAAAACGGUUUCAGAAACCGUUACAAUCACCGUUAUGUCAAGGAAACAAUGGUCACAUGGACUCAUCUGGUAUCGGUACAGUUCACAGUUCGGCGUGCACAGACCUCUCCACAGCCUCCUAAAAUAUGUCGCUUCCUCUUCUGGUUUCGUGAGCCAAGGAGAUGAUGAGGCCUGCGGGCGCCAUGGUGCCGUCGAGCCCCGGCCGGGAGAAGCUCCCAGUGCCGGGACUCGCCCGGAUCCUGGCCGGCAUUGGCAGCCGGAGCCGCGGCCGGCCUGCCGCCCGCUCCGUCCCUAUGUUCAGCUCCCGUAACAAGAGCGUCGGCCGCUCGUCUUCGGUGGCGACGCAGGUAGCCGUGGCGGCGGCAGCGGUGGGGGAGGAAGGGGAGCCUUGCUCGCCGAAGGUGACUUGCAUCGGUCAGGUUCGAAUCCGGAACAAGAAGUCGGCGUCGCAGCCCAGAACGCGUCAGCCGAAGGAUAUGGCGCCUUGUCAGUGCUUCCACAAGGCGUUGCUCUGCAGUCUUCUUCCUGCUCGGAAGAAGCCCAAGGGUGGGGGCGACGGCCGGUCGCUGUGGCGAAGGUGGGCGUCGCUGGGCGGCCGAUCGGGCAGGUACCAACGGCGGGAACCGGAUUCGCCCAAAGCACCGCCGUUGGAGUUCAUCGUAAUAAAGGCAGACGGGGAAGACGAUGAAGAGGAGCACGACGAAGACGCACGGCUGUUCGCAACCGCGAGGCCCCCGAAGAAUGCGCUCCUGCUGAUGAGAUGCCGCUCGGCGCCGCACAAUAGCGAGCCCUCGCUCGCCACCACCGCCCGCUACGCGGUCUCCCCCCUUCCGGAGCCCAAACCAGGCGAAGUGAGGAAGCAGAAGAAGAAGAAAAAGACCAACGAGAGGUUGAGCAGCCCGGCGGCAGCAGAGUUGGCAGAAGAUGAAGACGAGGAGGAGGAGGAGGGAACAGGGUCGGAAUCACAGCGGCCGCUGGUGCUGACGCGAAGCAGGUCGGAGCCGGGGAGGAGGAGGAGGAGGGCGGCGGCCUAGGCAUCAAGCAAGCACGAGGUGUUCCCAUCUGUCGUGUUCCGUUCCUCUGUUCCUGUCCAUUUCUGGUUGCCUCGUAGUUUUCUUUCUCGGUGUUUGCUGGCUGAUGGGAUCCGAUGUAUGAAACGGUAGUUUGUAUAUUCCAACAUAAAGAGUGUUU